UUUUCUUUUGUGACAAUAGCUGCAUUUGCCACUUUCUCUCUCUUCCUUCUCCAUUUCUUCUCUGUUCCCUCUUUAGUUUUCUAUUCGUUCCUAGGGUUGAAGUUCUUCCGUUUUUUUCAUAAAAUAUAUAUUCACUUGAAAAAAAAGUAUAUUUUUCUCAUGGGUAUUCUUUGAGUUUUAAUUUUGCUUAUUAUUAAUCAUAUCAUAUAUCAUACUUUAUUGUAGCUUUGUUUUCUGUUCACUACUUUUGUUUUUGUUAUCUGUUGUUGUUUAUGGCUGGUUUAGACUUAGGUUCAGCUUCUCAUCGUUUUCUUCCUCAUCAUCUCCAAAGACCACACGAUUCCGAAGAUGAUGAAAACAAUCGGAAUAAUCAAUUUUCCGAUGAGAACAACAACAACAACGAUAUCUCUUCUCAUCAACAGGGUGGCGACGUUGUCGGACGUAGGCCAAGAGGUCGUCCACCUGGUUCGAAAAACAAGCCAAAGCCCCCAGUGAUCAUCACUAGAGAAAGCGCGAACGCGCUUCGCGCACAUAUUUUGGAAGUGAGCAGUGGGCAUGAUGUGUUUGAAUCAGUUGCUACUUAUGCAAGAAAAAGGCAAAGAGGAAUUUGUAUACUAAGUGGGAGCGGUACGGUUAAUAACGUCACCAUACGGCAACCAGCGGCUGCCGGUUCAGUGGUGACGUUACAUGGUAGGUUUGAGAUAUUAUCAUUAUCAGGAUCUUUUUUGCCACCACCAGCACCACCAGGAGCAACUAGCUUAACUAUAUAUUUAGCUGGUGGACAAGGUCAAGUUGUUGGUGGAAAUGUUGUGGGCGCGUUAAUUGCUUCUGGUCCAGUUAUAGUUAUUGCUUCUUCUUUCACUAAUGUUGCUUAUGAGAGAUUGCCUUUAGAUGAAGAGAAUGAGUCAAUUCAGAUGCAACAAGGAGUGUCACAACCAUCUGGUGGAAGUGGAAGUGGUAAUUUUGCUGAUCCAACAAUUGGACUUCCUUUUCUUAAUUUGCCACUGAAUAUGUCACCAAAUGGUCAACUUCCAAUGGAAAGUGGAGGAGGAGGAGGAGGAGGAUGGAAUGGAAACUCAGCAAACAGGCCACAAUAUUAGGUCAGGGUUUUUUUCCAAGAAUUUUUACAUUUUGAUGAUGAAAAGAUUCCCGAAAAAUCAAUGGAUAUUAUUUGUACAUUAUUAAGCUUGGUUUAAUUUCUAGCUCCGUUGACUGUUUGGAAAAUAUAUCCUUUUGAUUUUGUGAAA